AUGGAGCUUACUUCCCUGCCAGACAUGGCCGCCGCCGCGUGCGUCAGCCGCGCCUGGCGCGCCAACGCCCUGGCCUCGUGGCCGCUGCUCGCCGCCCGCCGCUGGCCCCAUGGCGCCUCGCCCCCGCCCGGCGCGGGCGCCGGGCCCGCCGAAUGGGCGGCGCACGCGGCGCGGCGGCACGCGACGGACGCCGCCGUCCUGCGCUGCCUGCGCCGCAUGGGCGACCUGUGCCAGAUAGAGGCUGCCUUGGACGAGCUCGAGGCCCUCGGAGAGGACGCCUGGGACGCGCUCGAGCGCGCGGCGACCUGGAGCGACCCGCGCCUCAUCGGCCUGCGCCACUGGGCGCGCGCGGGGCUGCACUGCGCCGCGGCGCGGCGGGAGCUGCAUCGCAUGCGCGACCUCAUCGCAAAGGAGCAGCCAGAUCCCUUAGACAUGGUGGAGGCGGCGCUCAUGCUGGCGCAGGUGCACCAUCCCCUGGCUGACGCGGGCGUGAUGAGGGCCCUCUUCUCUGCGCUGAGCCGCGAGCUGGAGCGGCGCAUGCAGGAGGCCGGCGUGGGGCCGGCGAGCGACGAGGCCCUAGAACUGCUGAACCAGCUACUCUUCAACCCGCCGCCCCCCGCUAACGGCCGCCCCGCCGCUCCCGCCGCGGGGCCCGGCCCACCGGCGAGCGCCAUGAGCGCGGGCAAUGGCGGCGGCAACUCCAGGGCGGCCGGCGGCGGCGGCGGCGGUUGCGGCGGCGGGUCAGCGGAGGGCGGUGAUGGUGAUAGAGACCUCCUGGGGCCAGACCUGUCGACAAUCGCCGUGCCGCCGUCCGGCCACGGCCUCGGACUUGGGGGCGACAGGUUUACUUACUACGACCCCGAAAACAGCCUGCUGGACUGCGUGCUGGCGCGGGGCAGGGGCCUGCCGAUGUCGCUGGCGCUCGUGCACUGUGCGGUCGGCCGCGCAGCCGGCAUGGACGUACAGCUCGUGGCCCUGCCCGGCCACGUCGUCACCCGGGUGACUUGGACGCAACAGAGCGCCACACUGUUACCUGGAGAUCUCCGCCAGCAUCGGCAGCAGCAUCAUCACCAUCAACAGCAGCAGCAGGGGCGGCAGCAGGGGCGGCAGCAGGGGCGGCGGCAGGGGCGGCGGCAGGGGCGGCAGCAGGGGCAGGGGCAGCUGCUCGGCGAGCAGCAGGUGCAAGACGGUGCGCCCGGCGCGCUGCAGGAGCGAUGGGUCGACGUCUUUGCCGGCGGCAAGGUGAUGGAUUACGCGGCAGCCAGGUCUUUCGCCGCCGAGCGCCUGCCCGCAGCCCUCGAAGACAGCGCAGAAGACCUGCUACUGCCGGCACGGCCCCGCGAGAUGGUUGAGCGCAUGAUGACCAACUUGGUCGUCGCCGCCACGCAACACGGCGGCCGCAAGGCCGGCGCGACGUGGGGUGCGACGGCGUGGGCGUGGCGGCUGCACGCCACGUUCAUGCUGGCGAAUUUUCCAAGGGACGGCGGCAUGCACCUGGUGACUCAGAUGAUGAGGUCGUGCAGCAAGCUGGGGCUGCUGCAAAAGCUGCGGGAGGUUGACACCGAAGUGCAGGAGCGGCUGGCCGCCGGGGCAGUCCAGCUGUGGGGCCUCCGGGAUGAGGUGCGCGCGGGGCGCGCGUGA